AUGUUUUUCCUGGUGAUUGUGGUGACCCUGUUCAGUGGACUUAGCUGCCUGGGUGAAACAUCAUCUCUAAAUGAAAGCGUUGGCACAGAGGAGGUGGAAGGGCCCAGGCCUCCUCACCUUAUCUUUAUCAUGGUGGACGACCAGGGUUACGGAGACAUUGGCUACCAUGGCUCAGACAUCUACACCCCAGUGUUGGACCAGCUGGCAGCAGAGGGGGUCAAACUUGAAAAUUAUUAUGUCCAGCCUAUCUGCUCACCUUCUCGCAGUCAACUCAUGACAGGGCGCUACCAAAUUCACACUGGGCUCCAGCAUUCAAUCAUCCGACCACGUCAACCCCUCUGCCUGCCCCCGCACAUUCCCACCCUACCAGAGCGUCUGGUUGAGGCUGGAUACGCCACACACAUGGUGGGUAAAUGGCACCUGGGCUUUUGCAGACCGAGCUGCCUACCCACAGGACGUGGCUUUCAGAGUUUCCUGGGCACACUGACUGGCAGUGGAGACCACUUCUCCUACCAGAGCUGUGAUGGGGCUGAAGCUUGUGGAUUUGACCUGCAUGACGGAGACAGGCCUGCCUGGGAGAUGACUGGCAACUACUCCACUCUGCUAUACAUAGAGAAAGUGAAGCAGAUCCUGAGGAGCCACGACCCCCAUAAACCCCUCUUCCUCUAUCUGUCCCUUCAGGCAGCCCAUACACCUUUGCAGGUACCAGAUAAUUUUCUGCACCAAUAUGAUUCCCAGGGCAAUCGUCUCAGGCGCUACUAUGCAGCCAUGCUGAGCUGUCUGGAUGACGGUGUCCGAGAAGUGGUCCAGGAACUGGAGACUAAUGGGCUCUAUCAUAACUCAGUACUAAUCUACUCAUCUGAUAACGGUGGGCAGCCACUCUCUGGAGGGAGUAACUGGCCCCUGAGAGGUGGCAAAGGGACCUACUGGGAAGGGGGCAUCCGGGCUGUGGGCUUUGUCCAUAGUCCCCUCCUGAAGAGGAAGGGAGUAGUCAGCAGAGCACUGAUCCAUGUUUCCGACUGGUAUCCCACAUUACUGGGGCUGGCCGGGGCCCUGCAGUCCCACCAAGGCCUUGAUGGUCACAAUGUCUGGGACACUAUCAGUGAGGGCAUACCCUGUCCUCGCACAGAAAUCCUUUUCAACAUUGACCCAGUCUCCAGGAAUCCCGGAGAGCCAUAUUACAAGGCGUUAGUACUCAACGGGUUUGGGAUUUGGGACACAGCCGUAAGGGCUGCGAUAAGGGCUGGGGACUGGAAAUUAUUGACAGGAAAUGUAGGUGACGGGGAUUGGAUACCACCACGGGCUCUUCCCGUCGGUCCGGAACGGUGGCAGAAACUUGAAAAGCGGCGCAACGAGCUGGGGAAGUCAGUUUGGCUGUUUAAUGUCACCUCUGACCCUUAUGAGAGGUCAGACCUGGCAGAAGCGCGUCCAGAGGUAGUGAAACAUCUGCUGACCAGGCUGGCAGAGUAUAACCGGACUGCUGUGAUGGCCAGGAAUCCACCAGAUGAUCCUAUGGCUGACCCUGAACUCCAUGGAGGGGUAUGGAGCCCCUGGCUGGGCCUGGAGGGACAGGAGGGGGAUGGUGUAGAGGAGGAUAGAAGGAAAGAAAGGAUGAUGAAGAUUAAGCACUGCAAAUUAUGCAAAUUAAAAGCCCUCUUCAAGAAGGUGGGAUCACGUCUGGAGAGGAACACCCUGUUCUUCUAAAUAUCUCAUUUAGCAACAUUAAUUGGACUCAAAGGUGUCAGUAUGCUUCAAAUGAACCACGUUGUAGAAAGUGUCGUCUAAACACAACGGAAGGCAAGUGUUAAUGCCUGUUAUGAAUGACCACACUAAAAGGUGGGGCAAAAUGCCUGCUAUCAAAGAGAGGUGAGAUGCAAUGUAUCACUGAAAUGGGGACAAUGGCGCGCUGUUGGGAGGUAGUGUCUGCUAAAAGGCAUUCAUGGUGUUGCCCUUUGUUUUGCACAUGAAAAGUUGUGGGAAGGAGUUGUGUGAAAUAGUUGUGUGAAGAAUGAAAGAAGAGAGCUUGACAGAGAAGUUCAAAUUAUACGUAAUAUACUUUUUCACCUCUGGACAUCUGGUCAAAUGUGAAGUUGGCAUGCUUGUUGUAUUGUCAGUUUAAAUUUUGGGAGUAGGAGGAUCCAGACGCUUUUCAAACAUCCAACAAGGACUCUAUUUGAAGCAUUCUGACACCUUAACCAGGUGGAAGUGAAAAGGAAAGAGAGAUGUCGACAAGCUAAAAUACAGACCAGCAGACAACCAGGCAGGUCAGAUAGACAAGAUAGACCCACAAUCAAAUACUGAAGGUCGGCAGAUAUACAGACAGCCCGAGACAAAGCAGACAGAGCUGUGCGGCUGCCUGAGCAAGCUGACUCACUCACUGUCCUGCGGCCAAACUGCAGCAGGGUGAGUUUGGGCCAUCGUUGGCCUGCAUAGGGAGCAAUGUGUGUGUCAUUGCCCAUGUAUGUCUGUAUUCAUGAAUAGUUUGAUUAAUACAGAUAGAAAUAGAGUGCGUGCAUGUGGAAGUGAGGCCUGAAGAGAUGGGAAGAGGAAGA